UUGCGCUAGAGGAGGCGGCCAUUGACUGGAGAAUCCCACCGGUGGCGCUGUUUCUGUUGUUCAGCGAUUCCGAAUUGGAUGCAGUGCAGCCAGUCCAGAGGAUUACCACCGGCCUUACCGAUCCGAGUGUCCAGAGGGUCCGCUCCUAAUUCAGUGCAGCCGUUUCAGUGAAGCCCAGUGGAGAGCCAAUCGGAGUUCCAUCCGGCACCUCGGCGCAACCUUUCUGAUUCAGCGCUGUUAGUCCUACGGAGGGUUAACCGGUGUUUCCCCAGCGCUUCUGAAUAUAUACCUACACACAGGCAGAUCCCGGACGAUCGGAUCAUCACUACUCAUUUACUCCUAUCUUACAAGUUUAAGGGGUACUAUUCGAAAAGGAGACUUGCCUCGUUUUUGCUGUAUGAGAACACCUGAUUGGCAUAACUAUCACAAGAAUAUUGGGUGCUCUGGAAAACCUCUGAAUCCCCAGUUGCAAAUGAAUUCUCCCCCAAAAACGGACUCCGCCACCGCGGCAGUGAGUCUCAGUGGGGGGCAACAGACAUUCAGCCCAUGCAGCAGAGCAGGUCAUUCCAGCCCUGGUCAGAUACAGAUCUGCAAGAUGAGGAUGAGGACAAACCCGUGAAAGAGUUUUGCUUCUCGAUGCAAAGGAAAAGGGAAAUAAGGAUAAAACAGGAGAAGCAGGGUGCAAAGAAAAACACCUGGGAGACAUGGAGUCGGGAUUACAAACGAUCCUUCCGGCAGUUCCAAAGCAAAGCAUCUGAGUCCCUACAGUUCCUGGUGUUAUGGAGGAGAACAAUCAAUACCAUAGGAGGGAACUUUGGCACAGGGAUCGCCUCCUACUUCACUUUCCUUCGAUUCCUGAUCUUGAUGAACUUUGUGACAUUUCUCUUGAUUGGAGGAUUUAUCGUAAUUCCCAACAUUGUUGUCCAAGAGCUGAAUGUGGUCCAGACAUCACAAAGUUCCAACACAACCGGAUUGUGUCUGAAAUACAGUCCAAACCCACAAGGGCUCGAGAGAUAUUACACCUUCAUCAUGGACAUCCUGAUGGGAACGGGUUUCAUGGAGCUCACCUAUAUGUUCUAUGGUUUCUACAAGAAUACGCUAGUAAUACUGGCUGCAUUUUACUACAACUUACCCCUGGCAUAUCUCACUACUACUCUGUUUUAUUUUCUACUCAGCUUGGUGUGGAUCGUAGUCAGAUCUGUCAAGGGAUUUAAGCAAAGCCUGUUGACCGAGAACACAGAGCUAAGCAACUACACCAGCAAAAUAUUUGUGGGUUGGGAUUUUUGCAUUAAGGACCCCAGGAUUAUAAAACUGAAACAAAAGAGCAUCCGGUAUGAGCUGCAGAUGGAUUUGGAAGAGGAAAACAUGAGGCGCAAGCAUGCCGAGCGCACAACAUCUCAGCUCGCCGCCAUCUAUUCUUUGCGGGUCUUCCUCAACCUGGUUGUGAUCUGUCUCACAGGAGCAGCUUUCUACUGCAUCUACCUGUCUACUGUCAACUCCCAAGAGCUGCUCAUAAAUAGUUCGGUCAAAGGGAACUUUAUCCUGGAGUUACUGGUUGGUUACCUUCCCUCCAUUACCAUCACAGCCGCUAACUUCUUCCUCCCCAUUGUCUUUGGGAUCAUUAUCCUAUGGGAGAAGUACACACUCAACUGGGAGAUCAGGCUCACACUAGUAAGGUGUGUAUUCCUUCGCCUGACCAGCCUGGGCAUGUUGCUCUAUUCUCUCUGGGACAAGAUCACGUGCAGUGGAAAACCUCACGAUGCUAAAUGCGUGACCUGUGGGUACAACAUUGACGAGUACAAAUGCUGGGAGACACGUGUGGGGCAGGAGAUGUACAAGCUGCUGAUAUUUGACUUUCUGACUGUUCUUGUGGUCAUUCUGCUGGUGGACUUUCCCAGAAAAAUGAUGGUUGACCAUUGCUCGUGCAAACCCAUUCAGUUCUGGGGCCAGCAGGAGUUCCUGGUGCCCCAGAACGUGCUGGACAUUGUUUAUGGGCAGACUGUCUGCUGGAUUGGAACCUUCUUCUGCCCUCUACUUCCCCUUCUCAACACUGUUAAAUAUUUCAUCAUCUUCUACAUGAAGAGGCUGACGCUUUUUACCAACUGUCGCCCUGCUGAUCGAACAUUCCGAGCGUCGAGUGCCAACUUUUUCUUCAUGUUGGUUCUGCUCCUGGGCCUCGCAAUAUCGUGGGUGCCAGUCCUGUACAGCAUAUUUGCAAUGACACCAUCAAGAGCCUGUGGGCCAUUCAAUGGACAGACCAACAUCUGGGACACAAUUCCUAUAACCAUCCAAACCCUCCCCAAGACUGCGGCAGAAUUCUUUUUGUUCAUCGGAUCACAGGCUUUUGCUGUGCCCUUGUUCUUUUUGUGCUGCAUUUUAAUGUUCUACCUCAUUGCACUGGCAAGUUCAUAUGGGGAACUGGUGAAGACCCUGAAGGAUCAGCUACAGAUGGAAAGAAGCAGGAAGAUGUUCCUAAGACAAGUGACUUACUGAGGAAGCUUCUGGACUUCACCCGUCGUACUUAUGUAUUUGCUGUAAAUAGAGGAAAUACAAUUAUUAGCAGCACAGAAUUAUAUACAGAUUAUGGAUCGUUAGAGAAAUGUAUUUUCCAUAUAUACAUCAGUGAUGUUCAACUUGCAGCUUUGGUUAACUGUAACUGUGAUUCUGGGGUCCCCCCUGAGAUGAAUUUAGGGGAUUGUUUGGUGCAUGAAAGCUGCAUGGCAAAUCAGUGCAGAUUUCACCCAUAGAUCCUUUUUAUAAACAUUGCUCCAUAAAAGUCACUUGCACGUUGAUUCCCAAACUGUGCAUCUGCCUCCCUAGUGGGAACCAAAGCAGCAGAAAUGGGGAUCCAGGCAGCAGGGUGAUUAUUAUGUUCUCCUUCUGUAUAUUUUGCAUUGCCGGUAAAAGUGACCAGCCACAUCCCCGCCCUUUUCACAGCUUCCGUUCUCCAUGACACUAAACAAUACUAGUAUGGAAGAGCAAUGAGGAACUGUUUGCGCAAUUGAAUAUUAAUUGUGGUUGUAGGAGAUAAUUCCAUAAAGAAAAAUACACAUUUCAAAAACAAAAGCAUCAGUAUGGCAGGUGUACAGGUAUAUUACAAAUAUUUAGGGAUGCACCGAAUCCACUAUUUUGGAUUCGGCUGAACCCGCCCGAAUCCUUCGCUAAAGAUUCAGCCGAAUACCAAACCAAAUCCUUAUUUGCAUAUGCAAAUUAGGGAUGGGAAGGGGAAAACAUUUUUUCCUUCCUUUUGUGACAAAAAGUCACGCGAUUUUCCUCCCCGUCCCUAAUUUGCAUAUGCAAAUUAGGAUUCCGAUUCAAUUCGGCCGAAUCCUGCUGAAAAAGGCUGGAUCCUGGCUGAAUCCCAAACCGCAUCCCUACAAAUAUUACAGCACUUAAAAUGAAAUAUAAUUGGGAUGUUUUUAAAUAAAUAUACAUACCA